ACAUAUGUAAAAAGAUGAAAAAAGCAGUUUUCUUUAUGAACAAAAUAUGAGACAAGUUGUGGUUUGACGGUGCUAGUGCAUAUAUCCGAUUGUGCAAAUAUCCGAAACAACAUAGUAAUCUACAAUCAUACAAACUUACCUGAACUGCCCUUCGGAUCUGAUCACAAAUUACCACCAUUUAUGGAUGCUUAAACUUAUCAUAUGGUUUUUCAGAUGUUUUCCCAAUUUUUCUAGAUUCUAGUGUUCGCACUAUCGACAUUGUUCAAACCUGAUUGAAAAAAGAAUAUCAAAAAUUAAUUCGCCAAAAUAAAGAACUCAUAAUAAAGCAAAGACUAAGCAACUUACGUAAUUUAUAAUACAAAAGAUAUAGAUGCAGAACAAAAAAGCUUGAUCUCUUAAAUAAAUACUCUCACUUGAGUUUCAUACUGUUUUACUUUGCUUUGGUUGUUGUCUUAGUCAAUCAUUUUUUAACGGGUGACUCAACAAUUUAAAAACAAAAUAUCUAGAAAACCAUUCUACUUUAAUAGAGAAUACAUUCAGCAGUUUAUAUUUCCGUCAAGAAAGAUUCGGAAGGUAGAUUUUUAAUUCUCCCAGCUGCAUUUCGAGAUUUGAUUCACAAGUGACUAAAAUAAAUAUCUCGAUAUCAUUAAAUGGAAACCCCGUACGAUGCUUCAAUCAACACUUCGACAUGCACUUUGCCACUUGAUCAGGCCAAUUCAAACCAAGCGAGUGAACAACUUCUGAUCAAACCGGAGGAAGACUUCUCGGAGCAUCAGGGCACUACUGCGAGUGGGGCGUCGGAGGGCUCCCAACCACAGGUAGAGACAUACAGUCACUCCUCGCAAUGUUGGGGGGACGAUGCAGCUCUCCAGUCCGAUGACAAGGAAAAGAUCACAUACCCCGCAGAUGUCAAGCAUGGAAAGUCGGAUGAAACUCCUGACUGUCCUAUUACGGAGAAAUACGACGAGAUCCACUCUAUCUUAGAAGAUGUUGGCGGCCUGGGACCUUGGCAAUUUUUCAUCGCAGGGGUCAACAUGCUGAUGACAAUCAUAGCUGGCAUUCACACCAACGCCUACCCUCUUCUGGUUGGAAGCAGCAACAGCUGGCGCUACGCUUGCAAGUCGGUGAAUGAUUCCAACUUCACGAUUGAUGCCGGAAUCCAGGAGUGCGGCGUCCAGGUCCAAGAUGACAGUCAUCCCUCUGGGUUCUCUCGUGUUGAUUGCUCUGAAGCCGAGGGCUUCCACAUGGUGUACUCGCACGACCACUUUGAGACGACUGUUACUACUGAGUUUGACUUGAUGUGCGGCUAUGGAUCGUAUUUAGUGCCUCUUGUUCACUCCUCGUUCACUAUCGGAUGUUUCUUCGGCGUCCUGAUCUUCGGCUACUUGGCCGACUGUUUCGGUCGCAAAACGGUUUUGUAUUUUGGGGUUCCGAUUGCUAUUGCUCUCAACUUUUCACUGGCCCUAGCACCAAACGUUUUUAUCUUUUUAGCCAUCAGACUCUUACAGGGAACUGCGGUGUUUGGCAUUUUUACCAUUCUCUACGUCAUCGCCAUGGAGACCACACUUCCCAGACGCCGUGCGGCUAUCGGCAACAUAGUGCACAUUCCGUGGGGACUGCAGUUCAUCACAGUGUCCCUGAUCGCCAUGUGGAUCAAAGAGUGGAGGAUGCAACAGCUGGUCUACUCAGUGCCCGCCUUCCUUUGUCUCAUCUGUCUCACCCCCCUCAUGCCCGAGUCCCCCCGCUGGCUGGCAAUCAAUGGCAAGACAGAACAAGCCACCAAGGUUUUCAUGAAGGCCGCAAAAUGGAACCGAAGAAGCAACAAAGUGACCGAAAAGUCUAUCAACGAUAGAGUUGAGAACUUCUAUGAGACCUCAAAGGCCGCAGAGCCCAAGGGUGCCAACUCCAAAUUGACCCUCUACAUGGGCUUGAUCCGGACUCCCGAAAUGAGACGCCGGUUCCUCCUCUCAACAGUAGUCUGGUUCCAAAUAGCUUUCGUCAAUCACGGGUACAACAUAUAUGCCCCCACCUUAGCCAAGAAUCCCUACUUCGCUUACUGCCUGGUGGGUGUCAUAGAAACACUCUCACCUUGCUGCGGGGCUUUUUUGUUCACAUUCGGGCGCCGCAAACCCUUAGUCGCUAUCUUCAUCAUGACUGGCCUGUUGUCCAUGUCACUCAUCCCGGUCUUCAAAAUCUGGCCAGAAAACUACCAGACGCAAAUUUUGGUCCUCGUCUUGGCAGUCUCAUUCCUAUCGGACAUGGCGUUCAACGGGAUAUAUGUGCACGUCUCGGAGUUCAUGCCGACAACUCACCGAAGCAUCGGUCUCGGAAGCUGCUCGUCCAUCGCCCGAAUCGGUUCAUCUCUCUGCUCGGGAGUCGUUCAAACCGCGAGCACAUACCCGACUUUGCCACCCGCUAUCUUCGGAGUGCUCUCGCUCGCAGGCGCCUUCUGCAAUUUCUUUUUGCCGGUGACUGAAAAUAAAGAGCUUCCAGAGACUGUGACUCAGAUUGAAGACGAGGCUGCUCGAUUAGCUAAGGUCCCUGUGGGGAAAUUUAGCAACGAUGAUAAAGGAACAAAUGCUUGAAACAUAAAAGGCCAAUUGCUGAGCUUUUCAAGCCUUCUACAACACUAAACUCACAUAUGGAAUGGGAGACUUAUGAUGAUAUAUGGGUUUUGUAAAGAAAAAUGUCAUUUUGUAUGAUAUUUUUUGUAUCAUAUGAACUAACUGAUUUUGUUUCAUCGCUUGUUUGUCAGUUUCUAUAAAGAAAACCGAUAUUGUUAUACUCUCAUGAAUUGAUUUUUUAUCGUAACAA